UUUUUAACAAAAGCUUUCACAUUUUUCAUUCGUGAAUUUAUCUGGUGCCCCUUGCUCUAUAUUAUAGCUCCUGUACUUGAAAAACCUUUUGUGUCUUGUCAUCUUCAGAAAAAAAAGUGCAGCGUGGACAUUCAACUUUGCCCAUGGACUGGCCCCUGGCCAUCCCUUUGCCCUAAUCUUUUUUUCUUGGUGCAUCCUGUGGGCUCACCUGCUUGUUCAUGCUUUGCCUGAUUCCUAGCUCAUUUCAGUCAGUCAGCCUUACGGGCCCAUUACAAGGCAGGUUUUCAAAAGGAGCUCCUGGAUCCUCCCUCAGUCCAGGUCAUCUCUCCCGGAGAUACUUAAGUUGGACCCACAUUUGACUUAAGUUUGUGGUACCCCCAGCAUGUUAAAAGAAAAAUGAAGUACAUUCUAGUUACUGGUGGUGUUAUAUCAGGAAUUGGAAAAGGAGUCAUCGCCAGCAGUGUGGGCACAAUACUUAAAUCAUGUGGCUUACAUGUAACAUCAAUUAAGAUUGACCCCUAUAUUAACAUUGAUGCAGGAACAUUCUCUCCUUAUGAACAUGGAGAAGUCUUUGUGCUGGAUGAUGGUGGAGAAGUUGACCUUGACUUGGGAAAUUAUGAGCGAUUCCUUGAUAUCCGUCUCACCAAGGACAAUAAUCUGACCACAGGGAAGAUAUACCAGUACGUCAUUAACAAGGAGCGCAAAGGGGAUUACUUAGGGAAGACUGUCCAGGUUGUCCCUCACAUCACUGAUGCAAUCCAAGAGUGGGUGAUGAGACAGGCAUUAAUACCCGUAGACGAAGAUGGCUUAGAACCUCAAGUGUGUGUUAUUGAGCUUGGUGGCACAGUGGGAGACAUUGAAAGCAUGCCCUUCAUUGAGGCCUUCCGCCAGUUCCAGUUCAAGGUCAAGAGGGAAAACUUUUGUAAUAUCCAUGUCAGUCUGGUUCCUCAGCCAAGUUCAACAGGGGAACAGAAGACAAAACCCACCCAGAACAGUGUUCGGGAACUUAGAGGACUCGGGCUUUCUCCAGACUUAGUGGUGUGCAGGUGCUCAAAUCCUCUUGACACAUCUGUGAAAGAGAAAAUAUCAAUGUUUUGCCAUGUGGAACCUGAACAAGUGAUCUGUGUUCAUGAUGUUUCAUCCAUCUACCGGGUACCCUUGUUGUUAGAAGAGCAAGGGGUUGUAGACUACUUUCUUCGGAGACUUGACCUUCCUAUUGAGAGACAGUCACGAAAGAUGCUGAUGAAAUGGAAAGAGAUGGCAGACAGGUAUGACCGCUUGCUGGAGACCUGCUCGAUCGCUCUUGUGGGCAAAUACACCAAAUUCUCAGACUCGUACGCCUCUGUCAUUAAAGCGCUAGAGCACUCUGCAUUGGCCAUUAACCACAAGCUGGAGAUCAAGUACAUCGAUUCCACAGACCUGGAGCCAAGUACCCUGCAGGAAGAGCCUGUGCGCUACCAUGAGGCAUGGCAGAAGCUCUGCAGUGCUCAUGGAGUGCUGGUUCCAGGAGGAUUUGGUGUUCGGGGAACAGAAGGAAAAAUUCAAGCAAUUGCUUGGGCUCGGAAACAGAAGAAGCCUUUUUUGGGUGUGUGCUUAGGAAUGCAGCUAGCAGUGGUAGAAUUUUCAAGAAAUGUGCUGGGAUGGCAAGAUGCCAAUUCUACAGAGUUUGACCCCAAGACUAGUCACCCUGUGGUUAUAGACAUGCCAGAACAUAACCCUGGGCAAAUGGGUGGAACCAUGAGGCUGGGCAAGAGGAGAACCCUGUUCCAGACCAAGAACUCAGUCAUGAGGAAACUCUAUGGAGACACAGACUACUUGGAAGAAAGGCACCGCCACCGAUUUGAGGUGAACCCAGUCCUGAAAAAGUGCUUGGAAGAGCAAGGCUUGAAGUUCGUUGGCCAAGAUGUGGAAGGCGAGAGGAUGGAGAUCGUGGAGUUGGAAGAUCAUCCAUUUUUUGUUGGAGUGCAGUAUCACCCCGAGUUCCUGUCCAGGCCUAUCAAGCCCUCCCCACCCUACUUUGGCCUCCUCCUGGCCUCUGUGGGGCGGCUCCCACAUUACCUUCAGAAAGGUUGCCGGCUCUCACCCAGGGACACUUACAGUGACAGAAGCGGGAGCAGCUCCCCCGACUCGGAAAUCACUGAACUCAAGUUUCCAUCAAUAAGUCAGGACUGAUCUGGAUGAGUCUUCAACUUCAGCUUUGACAGUUUACAACUAUGAUUUUACAUCCUGCUUUUGACACUUCUUUUAAAUUAUGUUUUUAUUAAGAUUAUUUUAUUAUGGGGGAAAAGCAUUUGGAAAACUUUGUCACUUGCAUGUCCCGUCAUUUAUACUUGAUCCUGCAACACAUGUAUUUGUGCGACAAUAAUACCUUUGCAGUUUUUGUGCUUCUGUGAUGGGAAACAGGACUCUGGAUGGAACCUGAUGGUGGCUGCUGGCUGUGGUUAAGGGCCAUCAACCACCUUGUUUUCCAGCCACUCGAGUCACUGUCAUUGGAGUGAAUUGCUGUUGUCUCCCUGGGGUGCCAGGACUCCCGGUGCUGGGCUGCUAACUGGGUGUUGCUGACAUCUCAGUGCUGCUGAGUUACAGGGGACUAGGUGCCAGCUGUGGUUGCCCUCGCCAUCCAGAGGGUUGUUUGGUUCUUUGGUACAUCAAACUCUGUCUGUAUAAAGUAUCAUAUAAAAACCCCGGGUCUCUGGCUACACUUUCUAUUCCUGGGGCUGAGAAAACUCCUUGCAUCAAGGGGUCAAGAAACACGGAAUUUUAGGGUAACCGGUUCUAAAGCCCUCUCUUGUGUGUGCACCGUUGGCUUGAAGGUAUUUUUUUUCUUCCAGAAUGGUGUUAUUGCAUUUGAAAUGCAAUUUGAAGUUAUUUUCUUAAUGUGAUAUGGCAAUGGGCAUGACCAUGUGCCUACAGUAUGGUGGUUAGCUUGAUGCAUAUCUAACUUAAUAAAUAAUGCAGAACCA